AAACAUUUAGUCGAAAGCCGUCCUUCAAAAUUCAACAACCCCAAUCCUCUUUCCCCCUUUCUAUCCGAACUUUUCCGGAUCCGGACUGCCCAAACAACCUUCCUCCGACUCGAUCUAUGGGUACGGUGGUCAGCGCCCUGCAGCGCCCCACCAUCUUUGUGAGCAUGGACAGUGUGCACGCGCAAUUUGUGCGCGAGACGAUCAGCAGCAACAAGGUGGUGAUCUUCAGCAAGAGCUACUGCCCCUACUGCAGCAUGGCCAAGGAGCAGUUCCGGAAGCUGAACGUCAAGGCGACGGUGGUCGAACUGGACCAGCGGGAGGAUGGCAACGAGAUCCAGGCGGUUCUUGGCGAGAUGACGGGAUCGAGGACCGUGCCCCGGUGCUUCAUCGACGGCAAGUUCGUGGGCGGCGGCACCGAUGUGAAGCGGCUCUACGAACAGGGCAUCCUGCAAAAGUACUUCCAGUGAGACGCGUGUCGGCUCAUGAAAAUCCAAUCACAUUUUGUUGUUCUGGCACAACACAAAGAUUUAAGUUGGUUUAAAUGAAUAAGUAGAGACAAGUUCGUUAUUGAAAUUAAAAGAACUAUACAGGCACUCACAGCCAUCGAU